AAUGAGAGCGCUCGCUGUCCUGUCUGUCACGCUAGUUAUGGCCUGCACAGAAGCCUUCUUCCCUUUCAUCUCGAGAGGGAAAGAACUCCUUUGGGGAAAGCCUGAGGAGUCUCGUGUCGCCAGCAUCUUGGAGGAAAGCAAGCGCCUGGUAGACACCGCCAUGUACGCCACGAUGCAGAGAAACCUCAAAAAAAGAGGAAUCCUUUCUCCAGCUCAGCUUCUGUCUUUUUCCAAACUUCCUGAGCCAACUAGCGGAGUGAUUGCCCGAGCAGCAGAGAUAAUGCAAACAUCAAUACAAGCGAUGAAAAGAAAUGUCAACCUGAAAACUCAACAAUCACAGCAUCCAACGGAUGCUUUAUCAGAAGAUCUGCUGAGCAUCAUUGCAAACAUGUCUGGAUGUCUCCCUUACAUGCUGCCCCCAAAAUGCCCAAACACUUGCCUGGCGAACAAAUACAGGCUCAUCACAGGAGCUUGCAGCAACAGAGACCACCCCAGAUGGGGCGCCUCCAACAUGGCCCUGGCACGAUGGCUCCCUCCAGUCUAUGAGGAUGGCUUCAGUCAGCCCCGAGGCUGGAACCCCGGCUUCUUGUACAACGGGUUCCCACUGCCCCCGGUCCGGGAGGUGACAAGACAUGUCAUUCAAGUUUCAAAUGAGGUUGUCACAGAUGAUGACCGCUAUUCUGAUCUCCUGAUGGCAUGGGGACAAUACAUCGACCACGACAUCGCGUUCACACCACAGAGCACCAGCAAAGCUGCCUUCGGGGGAGGGGCUGACUGCCAGAUGACUUGUGAGAACCAAAACCCAUGUUUUCCCAUACAACUCCCGGAGGAGGCCCGGCCGGCCGCGGGCACCGCCUGUCUGCCCUUCUACCGCUCUUCGGCCGCCUGCGGCACCGGGGACCAAGGCGCGCUCUUCGGAAACCUGUCCAUGGCCAACCCGCGGCAGCAGAUGAACGGGUUGACCUCAUUCCUGGACGCGUCCACCGUGUAUGGCAGCUCCCCGGCCCUGGAGAGGCAGCUGCGGAACUGGACCAGCGCAGAGGGGCUGCUCCGCGUCCACGCGCGCCUCCGGGACUCCGGCCGUGCCUACCUGCCCUUUGCGCCGCCACGCGCGCCUGCGGCCUGUGCGCCCGAGCCCGGCAUCCCCGGAGAGACCCGCGGGCCCUGCUUCCUGGCCGGGGACGGCCGCGCCAGCGAGGUCCCCUCCCUGACGGCGCUGCACACGCUGUGGCUGCGCGAGCACAACCGCCUGGCCGCGGCACUCAAGGCCCUCAACGCGCACUGGAGCGCGGACGCCGUGUACCAGGAGGCGCGCAAGGUCGUGGGCGCUCUGCACCAGAUCAUCACCCUGAGGGAUUACAUCCCCAGGAUCCUGGGACCUGAGGCCUUCCAGCAGUACGUGGGUCCCUAUGAAGGCUAUGACUCCACCGCCAACCCCACUGUGUCCAACGUGUUCUCCACAGCCGCCUUCCGCUUCGGCCAUGCCACGAUCCACCCGCUGGUGAGGAGGCUGGACGCCAGCUUCCAGGAGCACCCCGAUCUGCCUGGGCUGUGGCUGCACGAGGCCUUCUUCAGCCCAUGGACACUCCUCCACGGAGGUGGUUUGGACCCACUAAUACGAGGCCUUCUUGCAAGACCAGCCAAACUGCAGGUGCAGGAUCAGCUGAUGAAUGAGGAGCUGACGGAAAGGCUCUUUGUGCUGUCCAAUUCCAGCACCUUGGAUCUGGCGUCCAUCAACCUGCAGAGGGGCCGGGACCACGGGCUGCCAGGUUACAAUGAGUGGAGGGAGUUCUGCGGCCUGCCUCGCCUGGAGACCCCCGCUGACCUGAGCACAGCCAUCGCCAGCAGGAGCGUGGCCGACAAGAUCCUGGACUUGUACAAGCAUCCUGACAACAUCGAUGUCUGGCUGGGAGGCUUAGCUGAAAACUUCCUCCCCAGGGCUCGGACAGGGCCCCUGUUUGCCUGUCUCAUUGGGAAGCAGAUGAAGGCUCUGCGGGACGGUGACUGGUUUUGGUGGGAGAACAGCCACAUCUUCACGGAUGCGCAGAGGCGUGAGCUGGAGAAGCACUCCCUGUCUCGGGUCAUCUGUGACAACACCGGCCUCACCAGGGUGCCCGUGGAUGCCUUCCAAGUCGGAAAAUUCCCUGAAGACUUUGAGUCUUGUGACAGCAUCCCUGGCAUGAACCUGGAGGCCUGGAGGGAAACCUUUCCUCAAGACGACAAGUGUGGCUUCCCGGAGAGCGUGGAGAAUGGGGACUUUGUGCACUGUGAGGAGUCUGGGAGGCGCGUGCUGGUGUACUCCUGCCGGCAUGGGUAUGAGCUCCAAGGCCAGGAGCAGCUCACCUGCACCCAGGAAGGAUGGGAUUUCCAGCCUCCCCUCUGCAAAGAUGUGAACGAGUGUGCAGACAGCGCCCACCCCCCCUGCCACGCCUCCGCGAGGUGCAGAAACACCAAGGGCGGCUUCCAGUGCCUCUGUGCGGACCCCUACGAGUUAGGAGACGAUGGGAGAACCUGCAUAGACUCCGGGAGGCUCCCUCGGGCGACUUGGGUCUCCAUCUCGCUGGCUGCUCUGCUGAUCGGAGGCCUGGCAGGUCUCACCUCGACGGUGAUUUGCAGGUGGACACGCGCUGGCACUAAAUCCACACUGCCCAUCUUGGGCGGAGGAACUCUGCAGCUGAGAUGCGGGAAGCACCGGGCCGUAGGGACCUCACCGCAGCGGGCCACAGCUCAGGACUCGGAGCAGGAGAGUGCCGGGAUGGAAGGCCGGGAUACUGACAGGCUGCCGAGAGCCCUCUGAGGGUAAAGUGGCAGGACACUGACUCCUACAGAACAGCUUCGUGCUCCCAAAAUCACCUUACGACUGUUUUCCAAACACAGGCAAAUCCAAAAUCACCAGGACGACUGUUUUCCAAACAUCUAGCACCAUGUUGUAACUACUCUUAGGCAUGGAUGAAUAAAUAUUAUAACUGCAUUUGUCUGGCCUUUUCUUGUAAACGUUGCCUGAUUUGUUCCUUCUGGGGCUUUGCCAUUAGAAUGUAUUUACAGAUUACACAUCUUUAUUUUGCAAACCCUGGAAGCACUACCCUUGCCAUCAUCCUAUCUCCACCUUCUGGCAUCACUGACACCGUGCUCGUCUGCACUCUGCCCUGGCGGUCCCACACGCCCUGCCCAUCACCAGGUGUCCACAGGGCCUGCAUGUGGCUUCCCUCUUCUCCUGGGAAGAGCACUCCUGGCUUCCUGCAGGGCCAGUGGGAGGAGGAAAGUGAUUCUGAGGGAGAGGCUGGAGCCUUAAGGACCAACAAGGCAAAGUGACUUGACUUGUCUCAUCCUCCAAUACAUGAGCCUCAGACCCCAGGCUUCUGCCUCCAGCAGCCACCCUGCUGUGCGCUGCUCUCACCCCUCCUCAUCCCCCUCACUCACGGGGAACACAGCCCAGUGAUCCCGGAGGAAACUCCCUCCCUGACUCACUCAGCUAGGCAGUCUGGGGGACACCGUUAGCCAUGUCGUCCCUGUAAAGCUGCCGUCCUCAUUUCGCAUUUGAAGCAGCUGAAUUCCAGAGUGCUGGAUCCCAGCCCAGGCAGCCCUCAGCCUCAGCCAAGGAAGUAAGAGUCCUUCAGCAUUGAAAGCACACUCAGAUGCAUCUGACCUGGAGUUCCACCUGCACUAAGGGAAGAGAGUAGUAACUAAUUCAUGGAUAAAACAGACCAUCGAGGCAGCACUUAAUGAUCUCACCCACGAAUGACAACAGUGGCAUAGGAGGGCUAUGAACGUUUUGCUUCAGGAUGUUUUAUUUUGCUCUAGUGUUAUGUAGAGAAAGCAUGGUUUGCUUUUUAUAACUUUUGUAACCCCAAAAUACCUGACUGUUGUUUUCCCUUGGUGCUAGGCCAUCCUGUUCUAAGUGUUCCCAAACUCUUAGUUUUGUUCAUGUAAAACUCAUGAUUUCAUAAUUAAUAUUAAAA